CAACUGUGCAGUCAAGACAGCAAGGGUUGCAAAACAGGAACUGAGUCUUUUUGCUGAAGUAGUUUACAUAUGUGCUGCUGCUGCAGGAGGCGGAGUCUUCUGUCUGACAGAUGUCACCUGACCCUUUCGAAAUCAGAAAGGAGGGAGAGACUAUUGCACCUUUGUCUCGUGCGUAAACUGGAUAGGCUUUUUUCUCCAAAUUCUGCGGAGCCCAACACUUUCAGCCUGAGCUGUGCAUUUGAGAGGUGGUGGUCUGGGUGGAGUUUUCUUUCCCUUUCGCAUCGGCCCCUGCGGCGCUCGGAUUAGUCCUACCAUGAGAAGGGUUUUGGAGACUUGGAUCGCCCUGCUGACAGUUUGCGUGCUGACCGGAGGUGCCUCCGCAGGAUACGGGCUGAGCAUGUUCGCCGCGCAGUCCUCCCCACCGGACCCGUGCUACGAUGAGAACGGGAAUCCCCGGAGGUGCAUCCCGGACUUUGUCAACUCCGCUUUCGGGAAAGACGUGCGCGUAUCCAGUACCUGCGGCACCCCUGCGGGUCGCUACUGCGUGGUGACCGAGAAGGGAGAGGAGCGCACCCGGGACUGCCACACGUGCGACGCCGGGGACCCUAAGAAGUCCCAUCCACCCGCCUAUCUGACGGACCUCAACAACCCGCACAACCUGACCUGUUGGCAGUCUGAGAACUACGCACAGUACCCACAGAACGUCACCCUGACCCUAUCACUUGGGAAAAAGUUCGAGGUUACCUACGUGAGCCUACAGUUCUGCUCGCCCAGACCCGAGUCCAUGGCGAUCUACAAGUCUAUGGACUACGGCAAAUCGUGGGUCCCGUUCCAGUUCUAUUCCACGCAGUGCAAAAAGAUGUACAACCGGCAGAACAAGGCGACAAUCACCAAGCAGAACGAGCAGGAAGCGAUCUGCACGGACUCCCACACCGACAUGCACCCUCUAACCGGCGGCCUGAUCGCCUUCAGCACCCUGGACGGCAGACCGUCGGCGCACGACUUCGACAACUCGCCGGUGCUGCAGGACUGGGUCACGGCCACCGACAUCAAGGUGAUCUUCAGCCGCCUCCACACCUUCGGCGACGAGAACGAGGACGACUCGGAGCUGGCGCGCGACUCCUACUUCUACGCCGUGUCGGACCUGCAGGUCGGAGGACGGUGCAAGUGCAACGGGCACGCAUCAAAGUGCGUCAAAGACAGAGAGGGGAACCUUGUGUGCGAGUGCAAACACAACACGGCGGGCCCGGAGUGCGACAGGUGCAAGCCGUUCCACUAUGACCGACCGUGGCAGCGCGCCACGGCCAGAGAGGCAAACGAGUGUGUCGCGUGCCACUGCAACCUGCACGCCCGCCGCUGCCGCUUCAACAUGGAGCUGUACAAGCUGUCCGGCCGCAGGAGUGGCGGGGUCUGUCUCAACUGUCGUCACAAUACAGCAGGGCGCCACUGUCACUAUUGCAAGGAGGGCUACUACAGGGACAUAACCAAGUCCAUUUCUCACCGCAGAGCUUGUAAAGCGUGCGACUGCCAUCCUGUUGGAGCAGCAGGGAAGACGUGCAACCAGACAACAGGCCAGUGCCCCUGCAAGGAUGGAGUGACGGGGAUCACCUGCAACCGCUGCGCCAAGGGUUACCAGCAGAGCCGUUCCCCCAUCGCUCCAUGCAUAAAAAUCCCUGUGGCAUCUCCAACAUCAACUUAUAGCAGCUACGAGGAGCCAUCAGAUUGCGACUCUUACUGUAAAGCCUCCAAGGGAAAAAUGAAGAUCACCAUGAAGAAGUACUGUAAAAAAGACUUUGCUGUCCAAGUGCACGUUCUCAAAGGAGACAAGGCAGGCGAGUGGUGGAAGUUCACUGUCAACAUCCUUUCUGUCUACAAACAAGGGGGACACCGCAUCCGCCGUGGAGACCAGCUUCUGUGGGUGCGCGCCAAGGAUGUGGCCUGCAAGUGUCCCAAGAUCAAGCCUGGGAAAAAGUACCUGCUCCUGGGCACCGACGAUGACUCCCCCGGACAGAGCGGUGUAGUUGCAGACAAAGGAAGCCUGCUCAUCCCGUGGAAAGACCUGUGGAGUCGUCGGCUGAGGAAGUUUCAACAGCGCGGCAAGAGGGGAAAGUGCUAAAAAUGGCUCGUGGGUGAGAGGAGGAGAGAAAUCGGUGUGAGGGGUGGCAGCAAGCUGACGCCUCCGCCAGGAUUACAAUAAGGAGAGGGGAAGGGAUAGAUGAUAGAUGAACUGAAAUAGAUAUAAAUAAAGGGACAAAAGUGAAGAGUAGGAGAAAUGGGGAGUUGACCGAGUGCUGCUGCUCUGAGCUGGAGUAAAAGAGAAUAAUGUUUUUAGGAACUUUUGUGAAGGAGCUCGUUCUACAGUUGUUCUGUUUCUUUGUAUUUGAGGUGUGUUAUAUUGUGUAAUCGCAGAGUUUGCACCUAAUUCCACAAACAUGAUUCAAACAAACCCUUUUAGCCCAUGAUGUCGCUGUAUAAAAACGCACCACGCUGAGCUGCAAAGCUGCUUUUCCUGAUUUUGUGAAAAACUGUUUGGAGCUAGAACACAGCAUCACAGGACUGUAUGCAUACUGUAUGUAUGCAAGGUUGUUCCUACAAAUCUGCCAAACUUUGUCUACUUUUACUAAACUAUUAACCUGUUCUAAGCAGCUAUCUCUGAGUGCCAUGUUUCCCAGGAACUUCCUGAUUAAGUAGGAGCGUUACCUCAUUGGGUUCUGGGAAUUAAAUGCAAUUGAGAUCCUUUCCUCUUUGUGUUCAAGUCUCUGCUCAGCUCUUGCCUACGAUUCAGGUGCAUCUCAAUAUAUUAAAGUAUCAUCGAGAAGUUAAUUUAUUUUAGUUAUCAGUUCCAAAGUGAAAUGCUUAUUAGAUAGGUUUACUACAAAAAGAGUGGAAUGUUUCUAGCAUCCAUCAUAGCUUAGAGUUAAUAAAGCUCAAAGUUCAGUGCCUCAGAAAAUCUGAUCAUUACACAAGACCAAUAAAACAAUGUUUUUAAAACAGAAAUCUUGCCCAAAUGAAAUGUAUGUCCGUAUAAUGUACAAUAUACAUGGGCUGAUUUAAUAGCAGCAACAUAACACCAAGAGAUGACAUAACGUGCCAAACAAUCACUGACUAUUGGAAACUUUACACUGAACCUCACACUGGAUUGUGUGAUACCCCACUCUUCCUCUGAACUCUAGGACCAGAUCUGUCAAUAAAACUCAGAACAGAGGACUUUUGAUCACUAGUUAACAGUUAAGUCCUUAGACCAAAGGUGCUUCAGAUGGUAUGUCUGUUUUAGGAGUCGUUAAACACAGAAAGAUGAGACAGCUGUAGCUGAUGUCUAGGACACGUCUCUGUAUGGUGGGCUCCUAAAGAUCUGACUCCAGUCACAGUCCACACCUUGUCAAUCCUCCACCCACCUCUUGAAGUUUGGUGGAUGCUGCAGUUAUCUCUGUUGCUUGUGCUCCUUCUUCCACACUUUUUCCUCCCACUCAACUUUCCAUCAAAAAUGCUUGGGUUGAUACAUCUGUUAAUCGCCACCUCUUUUAACAAUGACCUUUUGAGGCUUACCAGGGUAAGCAUGUUAGUUCAGCAGCCUUCCCAUGAUUGUGAAAGGGAGAACAUUUCUAUAUUUAAAAUAACUUUUUUAGUUGUUCUUAUAAGGUAAUGUUUUCAUUUUCUGAGAAACAGAGGUUUACUCCACAAUCAACAAAAUCAAUACAAAGAAUCUAUAGGUGAAUUUAACUUUUGAAGGUAAUUACUGAAAUAAAGUAACCAUUUGAUGAUAUACUAAUUUAUUGUGUUGUACCUGCAUAAUAAGUUAUGGUGACCUCUGCAAUGUAAAGUAACAGUGUGUGCAUAAGUCAUUGUUUUUUUGUUUGGUUUUGUAGAAGAUGCUGAUUUAUUGCCUAGAUGUAGAGAAGAUGUGUCAACGAUGCACAUACAGUGCCUUGCGAAAGUAUUCGGCCCCUUGAACUUUUCAACCUCUUGCCACAUUUCAGGCUUCAAACAUAAAGAUAUAAAAUUCAAAUUUUUUGUGAAGAAUCAACCACAAGUGGGACA